AUGGACAACCAGCAGUCAUCGCAGCAGAAUCGAUUCUCUGGUUACAUGAAUACGGAUUGGAAGCCAAUACAUAAUUUUGAUGGUUCCCGCGGUUUGGAUGCUUCGUUGGCUAGCCUAAGCUUCUCUCAGCCAAAUUAUUUUGGAAGUUCUGAGCAUGAACAGCAAGUUAUAGGCGCAAACAAUGCUGGUGGGUAUAUUAACGGAAAUAUCUCCCAAACCAGCAACAUUAUGAAUGCCCGACUGAUGAACCCUUUGACUCAAGGGUCGGCCGGAAGUAGGGGUGACCUAUACUGGAGCAUGGAUCAACGUGACGCGAAACUGGGACGCGACACAACAUCUGGAACACUCACAACAAAUAGCAUCAUGGAUACCUCUCUGAACGUGAAAAAUUCAGAUUACAAUACGACUUAUGGUUCGACUGAUAACCACGAGAAUUACGAGUCGUUGCAAUUGGAAUUACAGCUCAAGGAAACCCAAAUCGAAUCAUUGGAAUCAGAAAUUCAAAGCUUGAAGCAGGUCUUCAAUCAGGGCCUCUUGUUGAAGCAAAAGCAUGAUAGCCGGGCUCCAUCUGACCCACAGACAGGCGUUUUUGUUGAAAUACCCUCAAGUCUCGAAGCGAUAUUCCAUAAAUUAUCGCAGAGCCUGGCUUCCAAAGAUAAAGAACUGGAGGAGACAAAAUUAAGGCUCGAAAGUCUUGUUACUGCAAUUGCUCUCAAUCCCACGAACUCAGUCACCAAACUCGGACGCUACGAUGAAGAGGCGCUCGCUCACAAGAUGGUGGUGAGACUCGAAAAUCUGACCAAGGAAAACCAAGACAUGGCGAGAAUGCUUGGCUACGGCAGAUCCAAAGAGGUUCAUAUCGAAAUGGAACUCUUAAGGAAAGAAAACCAAGAGUUGAAACGUAAAAUGCAGCAAAUUGAACGCAAAGCUGUCAAGGGCUAG